UCAUAUUAAAUCAUAACAACAAUCAUCAAUUGAUUUUUGCAUCAAAUUGGCAUACGAUUGGUUGCAGAAAUAAAAAAUAUAAUUAUCGUACAUGUACGGAUAUUAUUUUUGUGUAAAAUGACGGAAAAAAUAAAGAAUUUUGAUAAUUUUUUUAAAGAAUCGAUCGAAGCCAAUGUGAAAUCAAAUGUAUUGGAAUGUCGAGUUUGUGACGAUGUUUUUACUCUUGAUGGUGGAAAAGUUCCAAGACUAUUACAAUGUGGUCACACAGUUUGUCAUACCUGUCUUUUAAGAAUUCAACCAUGCAUGGUAGAUCUUCGAUUUCUAUUGUGCCCCUUUGAUAGGCAACCUACUAAAGUCAAUCAUGAAGGUGUAUACAGUUUGAAGAAAAACUUUGCCCUUAUAGAAUUAUUGGAGCGACUUCAGCAAUCGAAUACAGAAAAAUCUUUAGUAUUAGAAAAAGAAAGACUCCAAUCAACUCAAUCUUGUGAUGAAGAUGAGUCUCAUACAGCUGUUUUAUACUGUACAGUGUGUUCAACGCAUUUAUGUGAAGCUUGUGAUAUUCUUACACAUUCUUCAAAGACAUUAAAAAAGCACCGCAGAGUUCCUUUAUCAGAAAAGCCAAAAGAAAAGCCAAAAUGUCCAAUACAUACAACUCAUGUUGCUGAGUUUACUUGUGUUCAAGAAGGAUGUAAUAAUGCUUUGAUGUGUUAUUUAUGCAAAGACUAUGGUCGUCAUAGUGCUCAUAAACCCGCACUAAUUGAAAUAGAAGCUGAUAAUGUAAGAAAGACAAUUAUUUCAGCGCUCCAACGAAUGACACAAUUUAUGGAAAGUAUGAGAGAUACAGCUCACAAGAUUGAAGUGGUGAUACAAGAGCUUGAAGGUUGGGCUAUUGAAGAUGCCAGACAAAAAGUUAGACAGCACUUUGAAGAAUUACGGACUUUACUAGCGGAACAAGAAAAGACGGCAUUGAAUUGUGUGGAUAAAGAAACUCGAGGAAGACUAUGUGCCUUAAGAUAUCAACAAAAGGAUCUUACUGCAACGCGUUCACAGGUAGCUGAUGUCUGUAUUCAAUGUGAAAGUAUACUUGAUUCUGAAGAUUGGAAGUUAUUGAGCGGUGCUGAACAAGUCAAAAAUGUUUUAACAUCGUUGGAACAACAACAACAGCAUUAUGCUCAACUUGGACAUGACUUAUUAACUCCAGAAUCUUCAAUACCAAUCAUCUUUGGCAGGGACAACCGUGUACAUAUUGGAACAAAAAUUGAUAUGAGAGUUGUAAUAUUAGGACUCGAUGGUUCAGGAAAGACCAGUAUAUUAUCUGCAAUGAGAGGAAUGACCCUUUCUAGCCCUCCUAUACCUACAAUUGGUUUUAACGUUGAAAGUCUUGAGUAUGAAAAUUUAGUUGUGACUUUUUGGGAUGUUGGUGGUCAACAUAAAUUUCGACCGUUAUGGAAACAUUAUUAUCAUGAUGCUCAGGCAGUUAUUUUUGUUGUUGAUUCAUGUGAUAAAUCAAGAUUUAAAGAAGCACAGAAAGAAUUAUCUAAAAUAGUCAGUAAAAAAGAAUUGAAAGAUGCACUCUUUCUUAUUUAUGCAAACAAACAAGAUCUUGAAGGAAGUGUAACAAUUGAAGAGUUAACUGAUAUUCUAGCUUUACAAAAGUUAUGUUGUGGACGUGUUUGGCACAUUCAAGGGUCUUCACCUUUAACUGAUGUAAGUACUGCAAUACAAGGAUUACAAUGGUUAACUCAACAGCUUGGUGCACAUGAAACUCUCUGUACUGUAUCUUCUGUAGUUUAAUAAUUAAUUUAUUUCUAGUUAUGAAUAGAAUGUCAAAAUUUUUAUAAUAUAUAUUUUAUUUUAAACGUAAUAAAAUAAAGUUAAAAUCUA